CUCGCCCCGCCCCGCCCCGCCCCGGUCCGGCCCAGCCCCGCGCGGUAAGAUGGCGGCGGCGGCGGCGGCUGAGGCCGAGUGCGAUGUGGUCAUGGCGGCGCCCGACGGGCCCGGCGAGACCGACAGCGACGAGGAGGCGCGCAGAGAAGCAGAGGCAUUCAAGGAGCAGGGAAAUGCAUACUAUGCCAAGAAAGAUUACAACGAAGCAUUCAACUACUACACAAAAGCCAUAGAUACGUGUCCCAAUAAUGCCAGUUAUUAUGGGAACAGAGCUGCCACGCUCAUGAUGCUGGGCAGGUUCCGAGAAGCACUGGAGGAUGCUCAGCAGUCAGUCAGGCUGGACGACAGCUUUGUACGGGGCCAUCUCCGGGAAGGGAAGUGCCACCUUUCCCUAGGGAAUGCCAUGGCUGCCAGCCGCUGCUUUCAACGAGUUUUAGAACUGGAUCAUAAGAAUACCCAGGCACAGCAGGAGCUGAAGAAUGCUACGACUGUGCUUGAGUAUGAAAAAAUAGCUGAAGUGGAUUUUGAGAAACGGGAUUUCAGGAAGGUUGUGUUUUGCAUGGAUCGUGCUCUGGAGUUCGCUCCCGCCUGUCACCGGUUCAAAAUCCUCAAGGCUGAGUGUUUGGCACUGCUGGGCCGGUACCCCGAGGCACAGUCUGUGGCCAGUGAUAUCCUGCGCAUGGACUCGACCAACGCCGACGCGCUCUACGUGCGCGGGCUGUGCCUCUACUACGAGGACUGCAUCGAGAAGGCCGUGCAGUUCUUCGUGCAGGCCCUCAGGAUGGCCCCUGACCACGAGAAGGCCUGUCUUGCCUGCCGGAAUGCCAAAGCACUUAAAGCGAAGAAGGAAGACGGGAAUAAAGCAUUCAAGAAAGGCAACUACAAACUAGCAUAUGAACUGUACACAGAGGCACUAGGAAUAGACCCAAAUAAUAUCAAAACAAAUGCCAAACUCUACUGCAACAGGGGGACGGUUAAUUCAAAGCUUAGGAAACUUGAAGAAGCGAUCGACGACUGCACGAACGCGGUGAAGCUGGACGACACCUACGUCAAAGCCUACCUGAGGAGGGCACAGUGUUACAUGGACACAGAGCAAUAUGAAGAUGCUGUAAGAGACUAUGAGAAGGUUUAUCAGACAGAGAAAACAAAAGAACACAAGCAGCUGCUAAAGAAUGCACAGGUGGAACUGAAAAAGAGCAAAAGGAAAGACUACUACAAAAUCCUGGGGGUGAACAAAAAUGCCUCUGAAGAUGAGAUCAAGAAGGCUUACAGGAAACGAGCACUAAUGCACCAUCCAGACCGACACAGUGGAGCAAGUGCAGAAGUACAGAAGGAAGAGGAGAAGAAAUUUAAGGAGGUUGGUGAAGCCUUCACCAUCCUGUCAGAUCCCAAGAAGAAGGCUCGCUAUGACAGUGGGCAGGACUUGGAAGAGGAUGGAUUAAACAUGGGAGAAUUUGAUCCAAAUAACAUCUUCAAGGCCUUCUUCAGCGGGCCAGGGGGCUUCAGCUUUGAAGCUUCUGGGCCUGGAAAUUUCUUUUUCCAGUUUGGCUAAGAAGCAAACAAACACAAAUCAAACCACACAUACCUGAUCUGCUUCUUUUAACCUCGAAUACGGACAGCCCCAGACUCCUCCUCCAUCACGUCUCGUUGUCCUUAGAGCAGUUUCAUUUCUGGGUUGGAGCCUCUGUUUGUGUGUUGUGUGUGUGAAGAGGAAACCAGCUCGGGAGGGGAAGGCUUGUGAAUUUUGUUUUACUGUUAACUUUAUUAAAAAAAAAAAAAAAUAAAGCUUUGAAUCUUUUGGUCCCUCCA